AUGCCUGUAAACCUGAGCCACGAUAUGUCAGAGGGUGCUUACAAGCGUCGCAACCGAGCCGAUAGCGGCACUUUCACAUGUGACAGUGAGACCGAGAGGUUCUGCGAGGCAAUGCUACGCCUUGCCGACUACCUGAUCGAAGAAGACCCCACACUCGACAAGCCCGAUCAGCUUACCCUACGUUACUUCAGGCGGAUCUACCAGAUUCCAGACAACACUAACUACGUUAUUACUAGAUUCUUGGACCGUACCCAGCUGAUCACAUCGCCCUCUGACCCUGCUGAUGCACCAGGUCUGGCUCAUUGCAUACGACUUGUGUCGAAUAACGAAUCUGGAAGUUGGGCUGACAACCGGGCUGAGAACGAGCGUGCUGUCAAGAAUUUACUGCUAGACCGAGCAAACCGAGCAUGUAAUCGCGAUAUCUUCACUGUUGGAAAAGUCGUUGGUGGACGAUGGGCUAUCGAGUCCGAACUGGGAGGUGUUGACGGGACUUUCAAUCAAGGCAUCCGUUUGGCGCGUGGCAAUCAAGACGACGAGAUGCGCGUCAUGAAAAUCCUACCUUCAGAAGCCAUGUAUCCUGGCUUUCAAGCCAGAGAGAUGAACAUCUUGAGCCGCCUAGAUCAUCGCAACAUCAUCACCCUCUACGACGCGCAUCUUCCUAGCCCAGUAACCGAACGCCAUGCCUCGCCCUAUCUCGUAACAGAGUACUGCGACAAAGGCACUCUAGCCGAUCUGAUCAAAAACUGGAACGAGCGCGGCAAGCUUAUCCCAGAAAGCUUCGUCUGGCAAGUCUUCGAAGCCCUGGUAACAGCCGUUCAGUACUUACAUCACGGAUCCUAUCCCUACAACGAGGCGGCCUACAAUUGGGAUUCUAUCACCCACCGUGACAUCAUCCCAUCCAACAUAUUGCUAAAAAGCGGCCCGCAAGUCAACCCGAACGACUACCCCGUUAGCAUCAAACUAGCAGAUUUUGGCUGCGCCAUUACCGAUAGCGAGAUGGAAGCUCAUAACUAUACCCUCCGUGAUCUUCCUCUGGUGGCUGAUCAGUACAGGCCUCCAGAAGGGGCGCAAGCGACUGAAUCGACGGAUAUGUAUCAAGUUGGGCUGGUCAUCUCGCUCAUGUAUUGCAUGAUGAACAGCCCUUUGAGGCAUCUUUCCGAAGCAGGAAAUCUGACCCGGGAUGAUCUUGAGGGGUAUCGCGGGUAUUCGCCUGAGUUACGGAUGUUCAUUGAGAUGUGUCUUGAUAUUGAUGAGGAUCAACGGCCUGAUUCGAACUUCUUUCUGCUGCGCAUUCAAAGUGCGCGGAGGUCGUUGCGCAACAUGGAUAGGUUCUAUGGGCAGGUCGAUCUUUUUGCAAAGGAUUGA